AUGCUUACAAGAAACUCGAGACUCAAGGAGUCAUUACCUUGGGUUAGCUCGAAGCUCUUCUGCGCAAAACGUCGCUUCCUGGCACAAGUUGUUAACUUAAAAAGCGUACCUACUGUAAGCGGCGCCUUGCACUGCAACGAGGCGAGCGCUAAAGCUCAUUCAAGGAAGACGACAAACCCUUUGACGUUCCUAUACCAGAAGACAGCUUCAAGACGUAUCAUUUUGACCAUCCCCCAUACACAACGACUGGAAAUAGCUGCUGACGCUCUUUACAAACAAAAGAAGAUUCGUGGGUUUUGUCAUUUGUCGACUGGCCAAGAGGCAGUCGCUGUUGGCAUUGAAUAUGGCAUCAGCAAAGAAGACAAAUUAAUCACUGCAUACCGCUCUCAUGGAUUCACAUUUAUGCGAGGGGGAAGUAUCAUGUCAAUUGUUGGCGAACUACUCGGACGGCAGGAUGGCAUAUCCCACGGCAAAGGAGGCUCUAUGCACAUGUUUUGUGCGGGCUUCUUUGGGGGUAAUGGCAUCGUAGGAGCUCAUGUACCAGUCGGGGCUGGAAUAGCCUUUGCUCAGCAGUACAAUGACAGGGAUAAUAUCACAGUUGAUGCGUAUGGUGACGGAGCAGCAAACCAAGGUCAAGUCCACGAGGCUUUCAACAUGGCGAAAUUGUGGAACCUGCCUGUUUUGUUCGGGUGCGAGAUAAUGGCAGCAGUAAAACACGGCAGAGAGUUUAUUCGAGCUGGAAACGGGCCGUUGGUCUAUGAGUAUGUGACAUAUCGGUACGCCGGGCACUCAAUGAGUGAUCCUGGAGUCGGAUAUCGGACUCGCGGAGAGCUAAAGGCGGAACGUGCAAGUGAUCCGGUUUCGAACUUUCGGGCACAGCUGAUAGACUGGGGUAUCAUCACUGAGGACGAAGCGAAAACAAUCGAUAAGAAUGUAAGAAAAAAGGUAAAUCAUGAGGUGGCAGAAGCCGAGAAGAUGCCGGAACCUGAGCCUAGGCUGGAUGUUUUGUUUCAGGAUAUUUACGUCCGUGGGAGUGAGCCUGACCAGUACCGAGGACGUACCGUGGACGAGACGCACUAUUAG